AUGCCCACAGGAAGGCAAGCCCCCGGAAGCGGAACAGGCCCUCCCAAAUCCAAUUCCCCGAUCCCAAGCAACGGUCCCAAUACCCGGAGAACCACCAGAACUAACAUAUCACUCGAAGAGAUCAUCGCAACACCCAGCAAUGUCAUGGACACAGACAGCGCCGAGAAGUUCCUCGCCUCCAAACUGUUAUGUCACGAAGGCCAACCAUACACGUUGACACACCUUGUCUCCAUCCUCUUCCACAUCACUCAGAUGUCAGCUGUUACCCCGGUACCGGUUACUGCAGCAAUUAGGGCUGUUGCCUUCAUUCUGAAGAAACAAAUUGCUUGCGAAAUAGCGGACACGGCUGCUCAACGUCUCGCUGAUACCCUCACCAAUUCCUUGUCUGAAUCAAUAACUAAUCGCUUAGUUGACCACGCAAUAGCAGCCCUCGCGCCUCAAGUAGCGGAGGUACACACCGCCUCACAAGCCCUAGCCAAAACGGCCCAACAAGCGGAAAAUACCUUGAUCUCGUCACUCGACAAAGCCGAAUGCCUACACCGCAUUGCAAGAGACGAGAGAACAGAACAAGAGGGUGGAGUUUCCAUAGCUGCGGAACGACUGGAGGAGGCGGCAGAUGCUUUAUACACUUCGGUCGUCGACUGUCAGAACGCCAUCAAAGUCCUCACCCCAUCGCUAGACGUCAUGCAAGACAGAAUCAACCAUCUCUCCACGCAAAUGUUGUCGACCCCACCACCUACGCAAGUCCAUACUCCGCCAACAUACAGCACAGUGGCAGCAGCGCACCUCCCACCUAAGGAAAGCCUCCAUUCCCUCCCACCGUCACUAACAAAGAGAUAG